AUGGUACCUGUUUUGGUGACAGAAAUCUAUAAUGAAUUUAUCGACAAAAACGCGACAUCGCCGGUGAACAUUGACUGCAAAGUGAUGGAUCAGACAGAGGAGAAUCUAAAAAACCCGAAUCGUUGGUCAUUUGAUGAAGCAGCUGUUAGUGAUCACAUUUUCUGUCUGAUGAAGAAUGACAGUUAUCAACGUUUUUUACGUUCCGAAAAUUAUCGCGAAUUGCUCAACCAGUCGAAGAAAAAGGUUGGCAUUUAG